CUAUUUUAAUAUUUUACUUGGCACUGCAUUUUUUUCAUAUGCUAUAUUUUUCUUUCAUGUAUUAGGUAUUUUCUGUUUCAUUCUGUUUUGGAUCAUUAUAUUCUAUUCAAUUUGUGACCUAUUCAGUUGUCCGUAUCAUACUGUUCAAGUAUGAGUCUCAUUCCCUAUUUCAUUCUGUUUUGCACUUACUCUCCAUUUCAUUGCAUUCUACUUUCUAUUUCAGACCCACUUGCCAUUCCCCCUUAUUUAACACACCAAAUACCAGUCUAUUUUUAUAUUCCAGUCCAGUUGCUCAUCCAUUCUGUUAAGUGUCCCAUUUGCUUCUGCUAAAAUUAUAAAUGUGCACAGGCUUAUACAAGAAUGUCUUCCUCUGAGAAGUAAUCCACAAUAAAUACACAUUUGACUGGGCAAUCUUCAAUGAGCACACUAAUGUGUGUCUCACAUUGAUGUGAAAAAAUAGAAAGAGCAUAAAUAUUGGUCAGUACAAGAAUGUUUGAAAACAUAUGUUUCCUCCCCAAAAGGAGGGUGUUUUAGUUGCAAAACGGUUUUGUGGGUACUUUGUUGUUUUGAGAUAGGGUCUCAGCUUGCAGCCCAGGGUGACCUUCGAAUUGAAAUCCUGCUCUCACCCUUCCCUAUUGAUACAGUCACAGGUGUGACAUACCACACCUGUCUCCUUGUCAGUAUGUAUUCAUUGACAUGAAAAAUGUAUUUUCUGGACCCCUCCACACAAGUUACAAAAUAGUACUUCUGCUUGAAUCAUUCUAUUUUCCUAAAACUAGGAAAUACGGAUGGAUGGCCAUUUUAUGAAGAUAUAAUUUAACUUUCCCAGUAUUUGACUGUAGGCAUGAGAAAAUUUAGUUGCAGCUUUUUUUGUUAUUUUUUUGUUUUAUGUUUUUUCAAGACAGGGUUUCUUUGUAUAACCCUGGCUGCCCUGGAACUAGCUCUGUAGACCAGGCUGGCCUCGAACUCACAGAGAUAUGCGUGCCUCUGCCUCCUGAGUGCUAGGAUUAAAGGCUUUCGCCUGGUUGCUGAUUUUGGUAGAUUUGCUUUUCUGUUUGAGGAUACCCAAAACAACAGCCCUUUUUUUAAUAAUUAAAAAUGUGUGUAAGUAUUAAAUUUAAAAGGUCUGUGCCGACAGUAAAGUAGAAAAAAAAAACCCUAGAAGAUGAGCCCGAGUCAAUUAAUUCAUCAGCUGAAUCUUAAGCAGCCUGGCCUGUGUUUCAGGGCAAGACAGGCGGAAGUGGUGUACUGGAAAAUUGUAAAGCCAGUCUGGUGUUUGGGACCUGACAUUCCUUGCUGAACAUUUCAAGUCCAAGAUAAUGUGGACCUCAUCAUCCCCCUUCAAAUCCUUAGGCCCCUCAGCAAACUUAAAACCCUAGCCAGGUCACCUGGUGGCUUAAAGGAAAGCAGUGGAGACAUGCAUGGCCUAGGAGAUAGAGCUUAUUGGUCAGUGUGUAGGAAAUUGUUAAAGUGAUCCCAAGACCGACUCACGGUGAUGAGCACACUCGUUUGAGGUGUUGCAUAUAAUUCAUGUAGAUGUUCCCACCCCAAACAUUCUCAGGCCAGGGUGGGGGCCUUGUGAAAUUUAGACUUUUGACUCCUGAAAGCGUGAUUGGGGGAGGCGGGGCUAAGAGCACACCAGAAACCACUAGAAGCUACCCUGGCCUCCAGUGUCCUAGUAGGGGACAGGUGAAGGGCGGUUCAACCCAAGUUGAAUUUGCAUAACGUACAGCUGGCCAAUCAGAGGCUAGAAUUGAGCUAGGUCCACCCACUGGCCUCCUCUCGCAGCUCUAAGUCUACUUUGCUUCCUAACUAGCUGAGCAGAAGCCUUCUUUCUGAUUGAGUGAGGCAGGAGGCAGGAAGCCCUUUCUCGUGGUCAAGAAGCUGGUAAGCCCAUUGAUUUGGCCACCUAGUCACCCUCAGCGAAGGAGGAGAGGCACCACUAGGGCUACGUGUCAGGGUAGCCGAGGCCACCUAGGAACACCUGGGAUUCCUGCAGUAAAGAGCCUGUUGCCUCAGGGCUAGAGGUGGUGCCUCUGUGACAGACAGACGACAUUUUCAGCCUCGCAGCCAAAAUGUCGACUGGUAAGAAUCCGGGGACACCUCGUGGGCCUGAGCCUGAGCCUGAGCCUGAGAAUCGGCGCGGCAACCUCCAGGGUGGCUGUGAUCCUGACAGCCCAGGGACAGAACUUCGACCUGUAAGGCCCAGGACAAGGAGCCAGGGACGGGUGGACCAGUCCUCAGAAGCGGUCACCUCCGGCAGGAACCAGCAGGAAGGUAGUCGGGGUGAGCAGCCCAGCCGAGGAGAUCUAGCUACUGGAUGUUCAGGUGAGCUUCAGCUUCUGGAAGCUACAGGAUGGCCUUCUACGUCUCAGCCAUCCUAUUUUCUGAACUUUCACCAUUUUGAACUUCCUGUACAGAGCCAGGAAUUCCUAGGCCCUGCCCUCAGGAGCACCGCCACCAUGUCACAUCAUGUGGCUACUCCGGCUCCUAGGGCCCGCAGCCAAGCUUUUCUGCCUGUCUCUGGUCCUCAACAGACUGAUAUAAUAGACUUCAGCUUUGAUAGCAGCGGCCCCUUCAUUCCUGUUGGCCAGGGUUUCCAUGAACAGGCCACUGUGCAGGUUCCUGAUUUCUGUGCAUUUUUCACCCCUAAUCCCAUAGGCGACAUUGGAGGCAGGGUUCUCCGCUCACAUGCCGCUGCAUCUGGUCAUCGCAGCAGUGCCUCGGAGGUUAGCCCUCAAGUUGGCCUCGCUGGCCACACAGGCCGGAAUUUACGCCGUCGAGCCACUUCGCCGGACAGCAUUGCUCUGGGGAACGUUCCUGAUACUACGAGCACCCCUGCAACACCACGCGGAGGCCGCGGUGCGUCCAGAUCCAGCCGUGGUGCGUCCAGAUCCAGCCGCGGUGCGUCCAGGUCCAGCCGCAGUGCGUCCAGGUCCAGCCGCAGUACAUCCAGGUCCAGCCGCGGUGCGUCCAGGUCCAGCCGCAGCCAGCCGCAGACGGAAGCAAACCCUUCCACCUCUGGGAAUGAAUUUCUGAAGAGAACCCUACCGGCAACCUCGAGCUCUCCUUCAAGGCGCCCAGUCCGUAUGCGGGCCUCUUCCCCUUCCCCUCCUCGUAGGGUGUAUCCUUACUUUAGUCCCCAUGAAAGUUCCGACUCUUCUUCCUCCUCCUCCUCCUCCUCCUCCUCGUCUCUUGAUUCAUCCAGUGAUUCAAGUGCCCCCUCUUCCCCAUGCAAGUAGGUCACUUGACCGAAACUCCUGCUCCUGUCCAUUUAGUACCAUGAGCUCUAUCUACCUCUGUGCCUAGCCGCGGUACUCUUUGGUGUGCCUUGAUUCCUGACCUGGAUAACCUGGAUUCUUCCACUUUUGGAGAGUUACAGAAAAAAGCAAAGGAUCCCCUUCACUCUCCAUAGGAGGAAGUAGGGUAUGCCCCUCACUCCCCUACUCCACCGGUGCUGUGACUCUUGUGAGUGUCCUCCCAGACUCACAAAAGGAAUCAGCACCUGUUCACUGUUUUCCGUGUGAGGUUUCUAGGAUUUCUCCCGAUUCACCAUUAUCCGGAGCAGUUUUGAAGCCCCCUGGCCCUAGCUAACCCCCACUUCAUUCUAUUCCAUGCUUCCUUAGCCUGGUUUUUAAUUGUU